AUGGCUCCUCUCUUUCAUUUAAGUGUCAAUUUCUGCUACAGACACCAUUCACCGUGUCGUAUUUAUCUUCUUCCCUCAUAG